UCACGAUCAUUUUUGCGCUUCAAACAGUCGUCUAUGCAUCAUCAUCGAAAGUGCACGAACUCGUCAAACAUUCGAAUCGUCACUCGGGCUUGUCGGUCUAAUCAACCUCCAAGAGCUAGGCGACGAGAAUCGACGGAAAUCAGUCGAACGCGCGAGAUAGAAGAUAAUAGCGGUGGAGUUCGACGCUGUCCAAUCGGCAUAAUUCGUAGAAUCUCGGAGCUAAUCACCGUUGCCAUAACCGUUAUAUCUCGCUUUCGCGGAAAUUCAAUAAUUAUUAUUUUCAUAUGUUAUCGGUCGUUAUGUCUGCCCGCGAUCUCGUCUUUUGCGUCCUGCUAAUUUCGAUCGUUCGCUUCUCGACGACGUCGCUCAUCCGUCCGCGAAAUUUUUUGAUCGUGCGACUCUCGCCGGAAUCAGCGAGAAAAUUAGAAGAUAUACCUGACCGAUGGAGAAGAGUGCAUCCGGAGUUUCGAGCGCCGCAAAUUGAGAUCCGCCUGAUGAAGGGUUACGUCUCGCCGAACGAGAAUUGGAUGUUCAGCAACGAGUACAAAUAUUCGGGCAAAGAUUACGACACGGAAAAGGUGACAUCGACGACAGAUGAGAAGAAAAUCUCACAAAUUGAGAAUGACGAUAUGGAAGCAAGAGAAGAAGAAAAAGAGAAUGGUGAUCCAGAUAAUAUCGUGAUGCCUGAUAGAUUUAUCCCGCAGAUUGACUCUAGGAAUAUUAUUACAGCGCCUGAAUAUUGUCCGAAGGGAAAAAGACCAGAUAGUAGAGGACGUUGUAGACUUGUUAUAACGUGAAAAAAAGAAACGGAGAAAAGAAAACGA